CUGGGGCCGCGCCGAGCGCAGUCGCCGCCCGAGAGGCCCGGCCCGGCCGCCGGAGCAGGCCGCGCGCGGGCCUCCGGGCCCGAGGCCGGAGCCAUGGGCGAGACCAAGAUCAUCUACCACCUGGACGGGCAGGAGACGCCGUACCUGGUGAAGCUGCCCCUGCCCGCCGAGCGCGUCACCUUGGCGGACUUUAAGGGCGUUCUGCAGCGACCCAGCUAUAAGUUCUUCUUCAAGUCUAUGGACGACGAUUUCGGAGUGGUGAAGGAGGAGAUAUCCGACGACAAUGCUAAGCUGCCCUGCUUCAAUGGCCGGGUGGUGUCUUGGUUGGUGUCUGCUGAGGGCUCACACCCAGAGCCGGCUCCCUUCUGUGCUGACAACCCAUCAGAACUGCCACCGCCCAUGGAGCGCACAGGAGGCAUUGGGGACUCCCGGCCCCCAUCCUUCCACCCUCAUGCUGGUGGAGGCAGCCAGGAGAACCUGGACAAUGACACAGAGACGGACUCCUUGGUGUCUGCCCAGCGCGAGCGGCCACGCAGGAGGGAUGGCCCAGAGCACACAACCCGGCUAAAUGGAACUGCAAAGGGGGAACGGCGGCGAGAGCCAGGGGGUUAUGAUAGCUCAUCUACACUUAUGAGCAGCGAGUUAGAGACCACCAGCUUCUUUGAUUCGGAUGAGGAUGAUUCCACCAGCAGGUUCAGCAGCUCCACAGAGCAGAGCAGCGCCUCACGCCUGAUGAGAAGACAUAAGCGGCGGCGGAGGAAGCAGAAGGUUUCUCGGAUUGAGCGGUCCUCGUCCUUCAGCAGUAUCACGGACUCCACCAUGUCCCUCAACAUCAUCACAGUCACUCUCAACAUGGAAAAGUACAACUUUCUGGGCAUCUCCAUUGUGGGCCAAAGCAACGAGCGUGGUGACGGAGGCAUCUAUAUCGGCUCUAUCAUGAAGGGUGGGGCUGUGGCUGCAGAUGGACGCAUCGAGCCAGGAGAUAUGCUGUUACAGGUAAACGAGAUCAACUUUGAGAACAUGAGUAAUGACGACGCAGUCCGUGUACUGCGGGAGAUUGUGCACAAACCGGGGCCCAUCACCCUGACUGUAGCCAAGUGCUGGGACCCAAGUCCACGUGGUUGCUUCACACUGCCCAGGAGCGAGCCCAUCCGGCCCAUUGACCCUGCAGCCUGGGUCUCCCACACUGCAGCCAUGACCGGCACCUUCCCUGCCUAUGGCAUGAGCCCCUCCCUGAGCACCAUCACCUCCACCAGCUCUUCCAUCACCAGCUCCAUCCCUGACACAGAGCGCCUAGACGACUUCCACCUGUCCAUCCACAGUGACAUGGCUGCCAUUGUAAAAGCCAUGGCCUCCCCUGAAUCUGGGCUGGAGGUCCGUGACCGCAUGUGGCUCAAGAUUACCAUCCCCAACGCUUUCAUUGGCUCGGAUGUGGUGGACUGGCUAUAUCACAACGUGGAAGGCUUCACUGACCGGAGAGAGGCCCGCAAGUAUGCCAGCAACCUGCUAAAAGCCGGCUUCAUCCGCCACACUGUCAACAAGAUCACCUUCUCUGAGCAGUGCUACUACAUCUUCGGUGACCUCUGUGGCAACAUGGCCAACUUGUCCCUCCAUGAUCACGAUGGUUCCAGUGGCGCCUCUGACCAGGACACGCUGGCCCCUUUGCCGCACCCAGGGGCCGCACCUUGGCCCAUGGCUUUCCCUUACCAGUACCCACCGCCCCCACACCCCUACAACCCGCACCCAGGCUUCCCAGAGCUGGGGUACAGCUAUGGUGGGGGCAGCGCCAGCAGUCAGCACAGUGAAGGCAGCCGGAGCAGUGGCUCCAACCGUAGCGGCAGUGACCGGCGGAAGGAGAAGGACCAGAAGGCGGGGGACUCGAAGUCCGGAGGCAGCGGCAGCGAGUCGGACCACACAACCCGCAGCAGCCUGAGGGGGCCACGGGAAAGGGCGCCCAGCGAGCGCUCGGGUCCUGCCGCCAGCGAGCAUAGCCACCGCAGCCAUCACUCAAUGGCCAGCAGCCUGCGCAGCCACCACACGCACCCGAGCUACGGCCCCCCUGGCGUGCCCCCGCUCUACGGUCCCCCCAUGCUGAUGAUGCCCCCACCGCCCGCGGCCAUGGGGCCCCCAGGAGCCCCUCCGGGCCGCGACCUGGCCUCUGUGCCCCCCGAACUGACAGCCAGCAGACAGUCCUUCCGCAUGGCCAUGGGAAACCCCAGUGAGUUCUUUGUGGAUGUGAUGUGAAUAGGGCCCCUCUCCCACUUCCAUCCCACUCCCACACCCGGGCGGCUGCGUCCCUCUCUCCAUCCGUCCUUUUUACUUUGUUUGGUACCUGAAAGGGAAAUAAAUUGAACUAAAUUCAGGCGCGCUAACUGCUCGCUGGGCGCAGCGAGGGCGGGGUGCACCCACCGAUCGCCACUGCGGCCCCUAACCCGCCACCUGCCCCAGCUUGUCCCUCUGUCCACUAGCUGCUGCGUAGGCCUUCCCAGGAUCCUUCAUGUCACUGGGACCUGACUUGCUGGUGCUGCUCCUUAUUCCCUCCACACACGCAGGAUUUGACCCCAGCGGUACCCUUGGGGGCCUGCUCACCCCUUUAUCCCCACCUUUCCCCCUUCAGCAAACUUGCACCAUUCAUUCCAGCUACAUCCGGUGCAUCCAUUAACCGCAUCCCCUCGAGCAUGUGUGUUAAUCUCUUAACUUCUCCCCCACAAUAAUGACACCAAAAAAUACUUGCUUCAUCUGCCUCUCCUCCUAACUGCCCCCCCACCCCG